AUGGCCGACAAGGUAUUUGUGAGCUAUGGCGACUCGUACUUUGAUGAGGACUACGAAGGGCACAGGCGUUCUGAGCUCCUUCAUAUUGAGGCACCGGUGGCGCAGGGCGACAAGAAGACGCAGCAGCUGCUAGAAUGUCAACGCGCCCUCGUGCGUGCUUUCGAAGGUGCAGACUUUCAGCGUGAGCUGCGCGAGCGUGCGGUCGCGCGAGCUGCAGCCUUCAAAGAAGGAAAGAGCUCCGCGACUCUGAUCGGUGGGAGCCGGUCGGUUCAUGCAUUGAUCAUGGCUACAGAGGAGCCGAUACUCGAGCGUUUUGGCUACGCUCGUGGCAUGGCCGGGGCGCGGGCAAUGGAGCAGGAUCUGUUGGAGGCAGCGGCUCUGAGCAAAGAUGCCGAUUCCGAGAUCGUGCGCAACAACGCGUACCUAGGGGUGCUGCUCCACAGGUACGAUCCCCCUCCGGAGCUUUUCCGGAGCUUGGCACAGCUGGAGCUUCGCAUCCUUGGGGGUGAGGAGUCAGAUGUCGAGUCGAGCAUGUCUUUGUUGCUGCCACGCGAGGCCCCAUGUGGCUUUCUACGCUUCGUCCUUUGCAAGAAGUUUGGGGACAAGGUUGGCAACUUCUUGGACAGCACAUUUCAGCAUGGAUCCCGGAUACGCAGCAUGCGCCGCAUCACCCCUCACAGCGCGGCCCAGCACCCCCUGCAGAGGCUGCGCAGGCUCCGGAACCAUCCGAGGCUGCCCUGUGGAUGGGCUGGUGCCAAGAAGACUUGGAGCAACUACACCAAGAGAUACAACUGCCCCCCACUUUUUAGCGUACCUGACCUGGCUAUGGCGAUGCAUUUUCUGAGAAAUCUGUUUGUGCUCGCGGCAGUGGCCUGGGCUGACCCCAGUGCCAGCGACCUUCUGGUCAGCGAUUCCGAGUGUGAGCAGGAGAACUGUGCUCUCAAUGCCUUGCAGUUGCAGAAAGUGGAACGCACGGAGGACUCAACCGGAGAGGACCAGUCUGUGGACUUCGACAAGUACGGCUACCACCACUGGGCAACCACUACCAUGUACGGCGAUGCACCCCGCUCAGCCUGUGGUGGCAUCAACACUGCUCAGCUCGUGCAAGGAACACAUUAUUACAACGUGGCAUCUGCACAAGCUAUGUGGCGUAACUGUGGUGGUACAGGGAACUGCUGGUGUGGCCAAAGCGGGGGGGGCGGAGGAACUCUCGGGAUGGGCUGCUUCACUUGCGGCAAAGGUCGCUUCCUCCGCACCUCCUAUGGGACCAGGGGACACCCUGGAUUGGUGCAAGAAGAGACCAAUGAGAGCAUCCACGAGAGCAUCCACGAAAUCUCGAACCUAACCUGGAGUCCCUUCGCAUCCAAGGAAAUCACGUUCAUCGUGGGGGACCUAUGCCCGCACGCAGGGAACGAGGAUUGGUGCCCACGUUCUCCGGGACAACGGAACGAUUACGGAUCCUAUCAUCACCUGGACUUCUCUCAUUAUCCCAGGCACAUUGACUUGAGCCACGGAGUGCCCAAUCUCAAUUUUGUCUUCAACAUCGUUGAAUGCCCACAUGAGCUUCGGGCACGCCAGCAACGCAUGUCCAGGCUUAGCCCUGUGCCAACGACCUUGUCAGACAGUACCUUGCCACGCUUCCUGUUCGCUGUGGAAAUAACACUCCUUGUGCAAUGUUCGGAGUUCUUGCGCGACUUUUGUGUCGAGGCAGGCGCCCACGAGGUGGGGGUGGAGCUGGACGCCUUCUUGGAUGCCACGAGCUUCUGGGAGACGCCCCGACGUGCCAAGCCCCUAGCGCUGCGUCUCGGGUCUCUGGCGCAGGAGCUUGGUGCUGAGAUUGGCCGCGUACGCAGCGCGACAGAGGCCGAACUGCGCUGUGGCAGUGCUACUGCAGCAAGGUACCUGCGCCAGCUGCGGAAGGCGGUGCAGCAGGCCAGUCGAGCCCCAGGUGGAUGGAAGUGGCUGGACACUGACAAGACGAGCGCUGUGACAGCCUCAUCGGAGCGUGCGGCGCGCCGCUCCGUCGGCAUCACGUUGGAGGCCAUCAGCUGGGUAAUGCAGUCCAAGACGCAGCCACGGCGUGCGAUGGUGAUCAACCGACCACCCGGACACCACAAUGGCUGCAACGAGUUGUUGGAGGCGAUUCAAAAGAACGCAUGGCGCUUUGCGGCCCACGGCGGGUGCAUAUUGAAUGAGACUGCAAUCGCAGUACGUAACUUGCUUGCGCGGCAUCCGCAAAGCAAGGUUGUCAUACUGGACUUGGAUGCCCACUUCGGCGAUGGCACAGCCUGGCAGUUUUACGAGGACCAGCGAGUCCUGUGCAUUUCCAUUCACGUGGACCAGAGCGACCUCCACUUCUUCCCCUUCCUCAAGGGCAAGGCUGAGGAGAGGGGCUAUGGUGCUGGCAAAGGGGCAACCAUGAAUCUCCCAUUGCCCGAAGGGGCUGGCGAUGCUGAAGCCUGGAAAAUAUUGUCGGCAUGCGCGUGGCCUGAAAUCGAGGCCUUUGGUCCGGAUGUGCUUUGCAUAGCCAUGGGCUUCGACGGCCUGGAGGGUGAUCCAUCCGCUCCUCUCCGCUACUCUGCGGGGCUCUUUGAAGCCUGUGCUGCUCGAGCACGCCAGUGCUGUCGGCGAGUCGUUUGCACGUUGCAGGGCGGCUAUUUGCCCGAGGCCACCGCCGACGCGUUUGCUGUGGCGCUUCGUGCUUUGGCGGGCGCAGAGCCGGCGGAGGUUUCAAUGGAGCCCUUGCUGGAAGACUUUGAUGAGUACUGUUUGGAGAUUCAGGGAAAGUUGCGUGACGAGUCUCUGUGGUGGUCUGUCGAGCAGAGUUUCGACUACAUUCCUGAGGGCUUUCGAAUGCGCUCGCCUUCUUCGAGCUGCAGCGAUGCUGACAUGGCAAAUCACGCGGAGUGA